UCACUUCUUCUUGGGCUGUCGACGGCAGGAUCUUGUUCCAACAGCCAGAAACGUGGCCACGAGGGGCUAGAAAACAACUGGAUCCAUUCUCCCUGAGAAAAGUUUUUUAUUUUUUUUAUUCCAGUCAUAUUAUUGUUAAAACCAAAAAAGGAAGAGUUUAAAAGUAGCGAGGGAAGCCACACCAGCUACUGGAAACUGGAGCCUGCAGCGCGCUGUCAGCAUGACAGAAAAACCUUCCCUGGACACGGAGGACAGAGCCUGGCUGGGUGAGGGUCAGUCUGAAUCUCAGCUCACACCAGGUCCGGAUGCAGUCGCGACCAGUGAUGGAGACCGGCCCGCGUGGGACUCGAAGCUCCAGUACGUGUUGGCCCAGGUGGGGUUCAGUGUGGGCUUAGGGAAUGUGUGGAGGUUUCCGUACCUGUGCCACCAAAAUGGAGGAGGGUCCUUCAUGCUGUUGUAUGUUUUUCUUCUUGUGAUUGUGGGAGUUCCACUGUUCUUCAUGGAACUGGCUGCUGGCCAAUGCAUCCGACAGGGAAGCAUCGGCGUGUGGAAGCACAUCUCCCCAAAGCUGGCAGGGAUUGGCUACUCCAGCUGCAUGGUCUGUUUCUAUGUGGCUCUGUACUACAAUGUCAUCAUUGCGUGGAGCCUGUUCUACUUGGGGAAUUCUUUUCAGUUUCCUCUGCCGUGGGAGCAUUGUCCUCUCGAUGUAGCCACUAACAGCACAGGUACUCCCGUAACACAGAAAUUCAACAAAAUGAAGUCACACUCAAAGGUCGUAAAGUUACCAUCUUGGUCUUGUCCUCCAUCGACAGUGAAAGAAUGUGCGGCCAGCUCCCCGACGUCGUAUUUCUGGUUCCGGAAAGCGCUCAACAUCACAAACUCCAUCGACGACUCCGGAGAGUUGAACCCCAUCAUGACGGGCUGUUUGUUGGCUGCUUGGACCAUUGUCUCUCUGGCCAUGAUCAAGGGCAUCAAGUCCUCUGCAAAGGUGAUGUACUUCUCCACAGUCUUUCCCUACAUGGUGCUCUUCAUCUUCCUCAUCAGAGGGUUGAUGUUGGACGGUGCGAUUGACGGGAUCACCUAUAUGUUUUACCCUAAACUGGAGAUCUGGGCUAGUGUGCAGGUGUGGCGACAGGCUGCCACACAAGUCUUCUUCGCCCUUGGUCUGGGCUACGGCUCCGUCAUCGCCUACUCCUCCUACAAUCCAAUCAACAACAACUGCCACAGGGACGCGCUGAUGGUCUCCUGCAUCAACUUCAUGACCUCGGUGCUGGCCUCGCUGGUGGUUUUCGUUGUGCUGGGUUUCCGGGCCAAGAACAUUGCACUACGCUGCGUGGCUAAAAAUCUUGGUCUGCUCAGCUCCAUGGCGUCACAUGGAUCUGAGGAGCACUGGUGGCCCUGGUUCAACAUGUCAGACCCGAGCUCUGUGUCCUUACCGGAGUACAGAGAGUGGUACAGUCACUACAGCCCCAGUGUGGGUCCAAACAUCACUGACUGCAGUCUGGAGGAGGAGAUGAAUAAGGGGAUUGAAGGGACGGGCCUGGCAUUCAUAGCCUUCACAGAGGUGAUGGCCCUCUUCCCAGCCAGCCCCUUCUGGUCCACACUGUUCUUCCUCAUGCUGCUCAACCUGGGCCUCAGCACCAUGUUUGGGACCAUGCAGGGAAUCCUCACACCUCUCAUGGACAACUUCAGCCUCUUGGGGCGCCACAGGACCGCACUCACUGUGUCCAGCUGCGCUCUGGGUUUCUUGAUAGGAAUGUUGUUCACCCAGCGUUCGGGCAACUACUUUGUGACGAUGUUUGACGACUACUCGGCCACCCUGCCGCUAGUCAUCGUAGUCAUCUUUGAAACCAUCAGUGUGGCCUGGGUUUAUGGAACCGAUCGGUUCCUGGAUGAUAUUGAGGUCAUGCUCAAAUGGCGCCCUCCAGUGAUCUAUAAGUAUCUGUGGAAGUAUGUGUGUUUACUGGCGAUGGUGAGUCUGCUGGCGGCCAGUUUGCUGCGCAUGGUCUUCAAGCGUCCCACAUACACCGCCUGGAAUCAAGACACAGGGUCGGAGAUGACUCUGGAGUAUCCUGGCUGGGCCCUGGGGAUGAUCGUCAUGCUCAUAGUCUUUGCCAGCCUGCCCGUGCCAAUCGGCUACAUCCAUUCCACGUGGAAAAACCGCCAGCUCCGUCACACUCGCUCUGAAGAGGGAGCCGGCCAGGAGGUGCACCGCGAGUUGUACACCAAGUGCAACUCCACCGAGCAGCUGGACUCCAGCUCCCACCGCCGAGCCCCCUCCGAGGAGGACGAGGCUCGUCCCAGGACUGUCUUCCAGCCAAUGGGCAGCGAACAAUACCGGCUCCUGCCCCAGCAGCUGGAGGAGGAGGAGGAGGAUGAGGAGCAAGACACAGGAGUGUGAGCGCAGCUGAGGGAGGAGAGUGGUUUGUUUCUGAUGGACACUCAUAAACGGACUUUAUCAGAGAGAGAGUCUUUGGGUUGUACCCUGUCAUCAUACUCAAGCAAGCUAUGCAUUGCUGACAAGCCAAAGUAAUUUUAUUUAUAUGAGUGACGGUACAUUACACAGUCAAAUCAAGGCUUUUUAUUUUCUGUAUUUGUGAAUCGAUGACCUCAGCUUCAUGUUCUGAACCACCCAAACUGUUCAGAGCAUAAAAACACUCGUAAAUACAUGAGACAGGACAAAAGCCACGCUGUUGGUGACGCAAAGGAUUUUAUUGUAGUUUUUAGAUGAGGACAUUUACCAGCUAACAAAUUCAACUUUUGUCCUGUUCCUGCCAGCCUGAUUUCACGCUGGGUUUUAAACUGACAGAAAUGUGCUUCAUGCGUGAAAUCAUUCUAUCAUGAGAAACUGUGAUGUGUGUGUGUGUGUGUGUGUGUGUGUGUGUGUGUGUGUGUGUGUGUGUGUGUGUGUGUGUGUGUGUGUGUGUGUGUGUGUGUGUGUGUGUGUGUGUGUGUGUGUGUGUGUGUGUGUGUGUGUGUGUGUGUGUGUGUGUGUGUGUGUGUGAGCAUUUGUCUUGCUAAUUACAUUGUUUAUAAAAUGAGAGAUUUUAAAUGUGUUUUAUUUUACUUUGUAUUGAUAUCGUUUUACCUCAUAAGAGAACAGCAAUGUUUUGGUCUUGGUCCAGUGUCAGUUGUAGCCGAAUAAACCUCUAG